UUAAAGUUUCUCACCUUUUUCAUCUCGCACCCUCAACAAUUCAAAGUAUUGUAAAAAGAUUCGAUGAGGAUGAUAGGAUAGUUCUUAAGCCACGAGGUGGUGAUAAGAGAUUGCUUUUAAAUGAUAUGCAUAGAUUCUUUUUAAAAGAACUAAUGAAAAUAAACCCAACCAUUACUAUUAAUGAAUUAUAUCAGAAUCUUAUUGAAAGGUUUCCUGAUCUAGAAGUAAGCAGAUCAACAGUCGCACACAAUAUUGUCAAACUAGGAUUUACAUUAAAGAAGCUAGUACCUGUUGUUGUAAAGCGGAACCAAGAUACUAUUAUUGUUCAAUGGAAAGAGUACGGACGUGCACCUCGGGGAAAACCGGCUGUUAAAGAAGUAGCCACUCAACGUGGAAAAAAUAUUACAAUAAUUGCUGCAAUGAGUGGAAAUGGAAUCAUUAAAACCUCAUGCCGCUUGGGUUCAACCACUGGUAGUAUUUUUAAAAAAUUUAUAAAAAAGUUAAUAAGUUCUCUUCCCCCAAAUAAUGGCAAAAUUUUUAUAAUGAAUAAUGCGAGUAUCCACAAACAAGUUAAACAAAUAAUUAAAAAAACACCACAUGAAGUCAUAUUUUUGCCAACAUAUUCACCUUUUUUAAAUCCGAUAGAAAUAGUUUUUUCUAAGGUGAAAAAUUUGGUAGCAAAACAUCCUCUCGACAGCCAAGAAACAAUUCUAGGAAAAAUUGAAGAAGCGUUCGACAAGGUAACUAAACAAGAUUGUAGAGGUUGGAUUAGUCACUCUCUAUCGUAUUUUGGUAGUUGUUUAAAUAAAGAAAGGAUAGAAAUGUAG